AUGGCAGUUCAGUUUCCUCUCCUCCACCUGUUUGCCUUAAGAAGACACGAGCUUUUUUUUUUCUAUGUUCAAUCCAGCAUUGUAGCACAGACUUGGACAGCUGAGCACUAAUGGCUCAUCACACACCCGCAGCAGGAGUUUAACUAACUUCUUCAAGUCGAGGAUUUGUUUCCUUUACCAUUCUCCUGUUCCCGUCUGACACAUCUCUUCGAAAAGUUGUAGUGGUUGUGCUGUAGAAAAAAACUAAGGCAUUAGCACCUAUGGCAUGAGGGUUUCCUGUAACUGAGACAAUGGCUUAGCAAUCCUUCAACACAUGUUCCGCUGACUAAUUAAAGAGGCGGUUGCUAAGAGAUGAUGAGCGGUGUGGCUGAGGCUCUGUGAUGUGCUUUUGUACCAAUCCUCGGUACUUGGGCUUUCUGAAUUGAAUUUGAAGCACUAAAGAGAAAAAAGGCAACUAAAGUAGCAUGGCAACUUUAACAAACACCUGCCUAGUCAAGACUGCGAGAAGCAGCAUCACCAAAGGGGACAGCAUCUCAUCUCUUGGUGUACCCUGGGCUGAAACCGAACAUCCAGAGACUGGGCAGUUAAAUAUGCUGGAAAAAGCACGUGAAUUCUUUCAGAUAUGUGAUGUUGAAGAUAAAGGAUUCAUCACCCGGCGGGAUAUGCAGAGACUUCAUGGAGAGUUCCCACUUAGUGCAGAUGAGCUGGAAAAUGUCUUUGACUCUCUGGAUGCUGAUGGAAAUGGUUUCCUCACACUGGAGGAAUUCACGUUUGGAUUCAGUGAAUUUCUGUGUGGAAGGAAGAUCUCGGUUAGUGAGGUGCAGGAGGAUCAAAUAUCAGAUGAGCCAGAAACACUUUACCAAAAUCGAUGGGAAGAGAAGUUAGCCGGAGGGGAAGAUGAUGAAGAAAAGCAUUUCUGCAUGAUGAUGGAAAAGCUUGGUGCCAGCAACCUUUUUGAAGACCAAAAUGAAGUUAAAAGCCUAUGGGGACAUCUGAGAAAAAAUGAAGCUCAUCUUUUGUCAAACUUUGAAGAAUUUUUGGGCAGAGUGACAUAUCAGAUUCAAGAGGCCAAUGAAGAAAAGAAGGAAAUGGAAAGUGCACUGAAGAGGAAGGUAGCUACUCAUGAUGAUGAAAUACAGCGCCUUUAUGAAGAAAUGGAGCAACAGAUCAAGAAUGAAAAAGAAAGGAUUCUUUUACAGGAUUCUGAGAAGUUCAUGUCUCGCAGUCAAGAUCUUGAGCAGCAGCUUUCCAGUAAAGAACUGGAGCUAGAACAAUUAACCCAGAAGCAGAAAAGGGUAGAGCGGCAGUGUAAGGACCUGCAGAGCACGCAACAAGAGACCAAGGUAGAGAAUGUAAAACUGAAGCACACAAACGAAGAGUUGGGGAAGGAGUUGGAGCGAACCUGCGAAGAACUGAUUCUAUCUCAAGAACAACUGAAUUUGCUGCAGGAGGAGGCUGCCCGACUACAUGAGGACAGAGAGAUUGAGCUGUACAGGGUAACAGAGGGUUUGCAACGAGAAAGAGCAAGCCUACUUAAACAACUGGACCUGUUAAGGGAAAUGAACAAGCACUUGAGAGAUGAGCGUGAUAUGAGUUAUCAAAAACCAAAGAAUUCUGUCAAUAGUUCUUCACGGAACCAGAGAGCUGGAUCAAUUAUUGGUUUGUAUGCUGAAAGAAAGCAGUCACUGAAAAGUGAAGAUGAAGAUGACGUCUUUGCUAAUUCUAAGCGAAGAAAUUCUGGCACUUUGAAUGGUCACAACCAAGUUAACAAAGACCCUGAUAACAAAUUACCCAAGAAAAUACAUCUUCAAAGAAUCAUUUCAAUUGAAGAAGAUCAUCUACCCCAGUUCCUAGAGGCAGAGUAUGAGGUCCAGCUAAAUGAGUGGGCAGAGGAAGAGGAAGAGGAAGAAGUAGAUGGAACAAAUGAACAAUUGGCAGCCAAAGCAGACAGAGCUACUGAAGUAGAUUCAAAUGAAGUUAUCAACAAGCAAUCCGCUCAGGUUUCAAGCAGUGAAGCACCGUCAUCUCCAAGAGGGCAACCAGUGGGAAAGGAGACGGUCGGAAAUGAAGAAGGGACACUUUCCACCCCAGAUCGCAUGUUUAAAAUUGUGCUAGUUGGAAAUUCAAGUGUUGGGAAGACAUCCCUCUUGAGACGAUUCUGUGAUGACUGUUUUUACCCAGGCACCUCUGCUACUGUAGGAAUUGACUACAGUGUAAAAACUGUCACAGUUGAUAGAAGCAAGGUGGCACUCCAGUUGUGGGACACAGCUGGGCAAGAAAGAUACCGAAGCAUAACAAAGCAGUUUUUUCGAAAGGCUGAUGGAGUUGUUGUAAUAUACGAUAUUACCUCUGAACUGACCUUUACAUCAGUAAGACAAUGGCUGAGUAGUGUGCAGGAGGGAGCUGUAGACAAUAUUCCCAUCAUGUUGCUUGGAAACAAAACUGACAAAGAAAGUGACCGAGAAGUUCAAAUGAAACUAGCUGAGCAGUUAGCCAAGGAUUCAGAUUUAAUUUUUUAUGAGUGCAGUGCAGUUUCUGGUCACAAUGUAAAAGAGUCCAUGCUUCAUUUGGCCAGAGUUUUAAAGGAACAAGAAGAUAAGGAGAAAGAAAAGACAAUCCAACUAGCUGAUGACAAUGCAAAGAAAAAGUCAUGUUGCAGCCGGCAGUAAAACUUUCAAGCAGCUCACACAAAUAUUUUAAGUAAAAGAGCUCCAGACGUUUGUAGUUUCUCUUGGGCACAAAGUGAUGUAAAGGUGUGCCAAGUACGUCCUGUACAGUGCUUUCUUUGUUUAUCACUGUUCACUACAAGAAUUUAUAAAUAUGAGUGUCACUUGUCAAAGCCAAGUCUUGUAAAGUAAAGCACUUAAAGUAAACUGUUAAUUCAACAACACUGUUUUUUGACUAACUGUAAUAUAAUGAAUAUGUGCAGAGGGAAAAUGUAUAUAUACUGUACAUGUGUUCAGUGAUAUUAACAGAAGGUGAAGGCACUGACAUUUUAUUAAUAGGUAACUUAAUAUAAAAGAGAAAAAAAAGAUAUGUUUUAGCAUUAAUUUUUGGAAGCAACUGUGUGAAUUUAGGUUUGUUUACAUGUUCAGAGCAUAUAUGAUUUUAUAAAGAUUUUCUUAUUUUCGACAAUAUUAUUUGAUACAGUUCUGUUCCAGUUCAUGCGCUCCAUAUUUGUUUGGGUCCCAACUUUGUGGCGUUUCUGGUUUAAAGCACCACCUCCAAAAUAACUUUUGCAUCGUACAGUAAAUGCGGACUUCUGCUAACAUUGCCUGAGCGUGUGCAGUGAAGUUAUACAUAUUCAUUAAACCUUAAGGGGCAUAUCUCAUUUGGUGAGCUGUUUGAAGUUUACAACUCUAAUAUGAAUAAAAUUAAUGUCUAUGUAAAAUAUAAAAACAAAAAAACCACUGAGAAUUUGAAUUGCAAAUUAAGACUUUUUAUUGAUCCUCUAAUUCAAGAAGUGAGAGUUUGUCUAGCUGUUUUAGACUCGCUUAUCUACAGGAACAGCACAUCUAAUGGAGUGCAGAGAUGAGCAUAUCAUGGUGCUGCAGAGGGUAGAUUUGCUGCCUCAUGGUGCUUGCGUCCAGCCUCCGUUCCUGGAUACCUAAAUGGAGUUUACGUUUUCUUCCCAUGCUUGUUUUGUUUUCCCCCACAGUCCAAAGACAUGCCCUAAUGUGUGCAGUAAUGUCUCUUUGGCAUCAUUGUAUGCAUGUUGUAACCGUUUACACUUAUUUUUGUGGGUAUGUAUAUUUUUUAUCAUAUUAUCCUGGUCAACACCAUUUUGUGUUGUUUUUUUGAAUGGUCUUUGCCACUUUGUGACAAUCCCUGCAUAGCCACUGCCAUAUUGGUUAUGGUUGCUAUGCCCAUGGCCGGUCAGCUGACACAAAGGUCAUGUGAUGUUUUAUGACAUCAUGUCCCACUUAUAUAUUAUAUACUACUGCAAAACGUCCUAGCCUUGAAUCCCUUUCCAUGUUUUCUGCAUUCUUUUUUUGGAGAAAUGGAAGCUAGAAGGUGCUUCUGAGAAGACUUUAGUGUUGAGGACUUUUUUUUUUGUUGUUACUGGAUUUGUGUUUUGGAUUUUAUCAUUUGAUUUUCCUUCUGCCUCUUCUGGUAUGCCUGUCUUUUAGAUUUUAGUUUGUUCCUACCCACAUACUUGUCUAAUCUCUUGGUUAUUUACUCUUUAAUUUUAUUCCUGAGGACACUCACCUUUGUUACGUGUCCCAGUGAUGGACUGCUGUCCCUCUCAGGGUCAGUUACUGAUGUGCUUCCAUUCCUGUGACUAAAGAUAGCUUAGAAAAUGAAAGAAACUAAAUAAUGUCUUAGUUAGUGUUUAUUAAGCGAUGGGUGCGUCAUUUAUCAUCCAGCCGCACAAUUUCCAAAACCAUUUCUCCCAAGAUGUCAAGGCCUAUUGGUCAUAUGGCAUGAACCAAAUGUGAACUGGAAGCUGGUCUGCUGAAGGGGCCAUUCUCAUGCCAACUUUCACUCACACAGUGCUAAUUAGAGUCAACAAACAACAUAGCUUGUGCAUUUAUGAAAAGUGGAAUGUACAAGGUGAAAGUCUAUGUAAACUUGAGUAGAAUGUGGAAAAACCAUACAAAUGGUGAAGAGGCAAAACCCUUUAGUCUAAACAGGGAAGCAACUUCACCCAACAGUUAGUAUCUUGUAUCAUUUCUUAUCUUCUAGUACUGUCAUGCUAUAUCAGUUCAUGCUGGGCUCAUCCCAGAAAAUGAAUAUUUUGUAGUUAAACUAGCACUGUGGUACCUGCAGUGCCUCUGAAAACAGAUAUGCUCUGUUUGCUGAAAGUGUUUAUUGAGCAACAACCAAUUGAGAAUACUUGUGCUACACCCUAGACCUGUGUCCAACAUAAGAACCCACACCACCCAGGCAAAGCACUCUCACUUUUCUCCACUUCAGUAUAAUAUUGCAGACCCAGCUGUCAAAAACUCUAAAUUCCAGCACAUCUGAGGACCUGUCUUUGUUACAUAAUACAUUUUAAAGUUGUGCAGUCAAUAAGACCUUCUGCAGCUGGACGUCUCAGUAGGCUAAAGCCUUCAUGCAGUGCUUUUGAAUGACAGGACUGCUGACAUCUAAAAUAUUUUUAAUGUGUCUCUUCAUAUUAUCCCAAAAUUGACAUUCGUGUUAAAGUCCUCCUCUUCGUUCCAUUUUGAAGCUGACAUCAUUGAGUCUGUGUGCAUUUUAGGGGGGUACUUGUAAUACUAUUUGAAGAUUUGUACAGCUUCUAUACAUGUUAAGGUUCUUUCUUUCUUUCUUUCUUUCUUUCUUUCUUUCUUUCUUUCUUUCUUUCUUUCUUUCUUUCUCCUGCUGCCUUAUCUAUCUUUGUGUGUGUCUGUCUGUCUAUCUAUCUUCAUGUAUGCUCAUGUUUUCAAGUUUCCUGUUGAUCACUCUUUGUGUUUCUUCUGUCAGUGUGUUUUUAUUUUAUGGCAUAUCAGAAAACUGCAGCAGUUCUUGCUAUGGAAGGCACCACAUGCAAUAAAGUACGUUUGGAAAGGGCUCUUGAAAACCCAUCUCUGUACAACAGGCCUACGUCGAGUUGGAUUCUAAAAUGCUAAUGAAUCACACAGCCAAAUGUUUAUAAAGAUUGCAUGCCAAAUGCUGAUAUCCUGGAGCAGGAGGAAAUGGCAUGUGAGCACCACUCUCCUGUCCACUCAUUCUAGUGUGGGAUGUUAAAUUAAAUGGGUUAGAAUGAUAUGUACAGUAUGUUAGUAUAUUGUAUCAUAUGUUGGUGAAGUAUAUACAUUUUAUUUUAAAAAAUAAUAAUGCUGCAUCAGGAUAAGUGGAAUAUGAAUCUGCAAUAAGAAUGUUUAAGAUAAAAUGUUAGUUCCGUCUGAUAGAAGAUCAGGACAAGACUAGCGAUGCACUAAAUUUCAGUUAUAAGACACUAUCAUGCUUCUCUGUCUAUAAAACUAUGUAUUUUUUGUAAAUAUUGCCAAGUGGAAACACUGCCUGAUUAAACACAAUACAUUAUAUAUUAUAUUAAGAUUGGGUUAGUUUUUAUGGACUUAUGAUUUGUUUCUGUAGGAGAACACUUUGCUGUUGAUUAUUCUGAGAUACUGUUAGGUCUACAGACAUGCAAGUCAAACACAGUGUCGAUUCUGUUGUUAAAUAUUGGAAAUAAUUAAGUUGAUUAUGGGCAAUCUGCAAUUGCAUCACAAAUUUUAUACUAUAAUGUUUUAUUUUUGUAAAUAAAAAGCCCCAAACAAUGUGGUAUUUUUUAUUUUGUGCUAUAAAGUGGGAAUAAACAGAUUUGUUUAUUAAAAUGAA